GCGAUUCACCGGUCCGAAUCCGGAACGUUCCGAGCAGAUCUUGCAGUGCUUCAUUCAUAAUUCAGCUGCAGUUGCGUUUGGAAGUGUUUUUUUUGUUCUGUCCCCGAUGAAAUUGCGCCGUAAAAGUUCUGGCUAAGAAUUUUGUUAAAAAGUUUAAGUGUCCCAAGAGUGCCGAGUUUUGUCGCUGUGGAAAUUACAUCGUUUUCGCUGUAAAAUUACGUGGAAAGAGAAAGCGAGAGAGAGUGUUUUCUUUCGACUCUCAGAAGUGCAACAAGAACGUCACGGUUGUGCCCAUUUUGAGUGUGUCUGUGUGGUAAUAUUUUUUGUUAUUUUCUUGGAUUUCCCUUCGCGCAGCUGAGUGUUGUCCAAAGUGAGUGUGUUUUUCAGUGGAAAAUCGUAAACUUCCGCAAUUUUCCGUGGCCCCGUAAGAGGUACUUUGAAGCUUGUGGGGGAAAAGGUCACAAAAAAGUGAGUGGUCAUAAAGUGGCCGUAACGACGACGAUGGCCCCGCCGAGUGCGAAUGAAGUCGUGGCCGGUGGCAAGGAUGACCAAGUGGCCAACUUGGGGGACAAGCCGGUUCCGGUGCCAACGCCGCCGAUCGUCCGGAAUCUGAUCCUGAGGUCCAUGUGCGGCGUUUAUCUGGUGGCGUUUCUGAGCUUUUACGCUCAGGCUGAAGGACUCUACGGCAACUCGGGAAUCCUCCCGGCGAACCGCAUCCUCGCCAACGGAACCCUCCAGGAACGCCUGAACCUGCUCCAGCUGGCCCCGCUCGUCGGCCUGGACACCCAAUCGGCGAUCGACCUGUUCUGUCUGGUCGGUUGUGUGAUCGCGUUCAUGGGCCUGGUGUUCCCGCACCUCUGUCGCCUGGUCAGCUUCAUAUCGCUGUGGACGCUGUACUUUUCGCUGGUCCAGAUCUCGCAGAGUUUCCGCCAGCAGUCGGACGAGAUGUUGCUGGAGGCUGGGUUUUUGUGCAUUUUGCUUGCGCCGGCGAAGUUGAGUGAUCCGAGGGGACCGAUCGAGGGGCUGGCGAUGCUGUUGAUGAAGUGGCUGCUGUUUCGGUACGUGUUUGCGUCGGGGUCGGUCAAGUUGGCCAGUGGAUGUCCGAUGUGGUGGGAUUUGACCGGGUUGAAGAAGCACUUUGAGACGAUGCCGCUGCCGACGUCUUACAGCUGGUACACGUUCCAGCAGCCGGACGGGAUUCACAAGCUGAGUACGAUCUACGUGUACGUCAGUGAGUUGGUUUGUUCCUGGUUGUUCUUUGCGCCGAACCAGCGAGUUCGGAUGUUUUCGCUGUGGUGGCAGGUGUUUUUGCAUUUGAAUAUCAUUGGGAGUGGGAAUUACGGGUUUUUGAGCUUGAUCGUGAUGACGCUGCUGUUGACGUUGGUUGACGAUCGAGAGUUGGUUCGACCGGUGAAGGAGGAGUCCAAGGAGGAUAAGACAGGUGCGAUGACGGUGAAGGCGAUCGCGGUCUUGAUGACCCUGGGAACGUGGCUGGUGUUUGGAGUUGGAUACAAAAAUGGGGAGAUGGUGUUCAAGCUGUUGUUCAACCGAUCGCAGUACCUGAACAUGAUGCAGAUGAUGGUUCAGCUGGCUCCGCUGCUGGUGAUGGGACUGAUGGUGCAGAAGUUCCUUAAGGUCGUUACCAAGCAGACUGGCACUACCAAUGUGGCUGACGGUAUCCGAAAGCUAACGGAGAACUGGCAGCUGUUUCUACCAACCCUAGCUGCGUUCAUAGUUCUGUUCACCUCGAUCGUGCCGCACUUCCAGCUGACGCAGUCCACGGCGAUCAGCUCGUCGAUCUUCACCAAGCCGUACAACGGUCUUCACAACAUGUUCGUGGUGAACCAGUACGGUCAACACCUGAUCAAAAUGCGCCCUAAACGGGUGGAGAUCAUCCUGGAGUACUCGGACGACCUGUCCGGACCGUGGAAGGAGUACGGCUUUCAGUACAAACCCUGGAAUGAAGCCGGAUCGAUGCCGUACGCCUGGGUGUACUUCCCGCGGUUUGACUUCAAAUUCUACGAUGCGUCCGCGACCAAGCCAACCUCCCAGAAGUGGCUCUACCCGAUGGUUCAACGCCUUCUGCAGAACAACCAAGCCGUCACCAAACUCUUCGAUCAAAGCCACAUCCCGCCGGGACCUCCCAAGUUCAUCCGAGCUUCCCUGUACGAGUUCCGCUUCACGUCCUGGUUCGACGGCAACAGCACGACCUUUUGGACGCGUGAACGCCUCAACGACUACUUCCCGGCGUACUCCCUGGACGAUGGCUUCCUCGAGACCAAGCUCGACGACGUCGGCAUUCCGGAGAAACCAAUCCCCUCGGAAGCGCUCAACCUCCCCGUCAAGCUGCUGCUCGAUGCGGUCCGUAACUUUGUCGCCAUCUUCGAGGGAUCCUUCCUCGUGCUGGGCGUCCUGGCGGCCGCCAUCGCCAUGAUCGUCACCCAAAAGCGGGACUAAAACUAUGCUUGCGCACAAAUUUGCACCUGAUACCAGUGUACUUGUUAGUCAGUAGACCAGUAUUGUCCACCAAACACACACACACUUCCUGUUUUCUUGCGAUAUUUUAAUGGUUAAUCAAAGAAAAAGACGUCAAUUACCAAGUGACCGAACUGAAAAAAGACACAAAAAAGAUACUACAAUGUUGGAACAAA